GGCGUAGAGUGUAUCAUGUUGAAGAUGAGCGGGUGGCAGCGACAGAGCCAAAAUCAGAGCCGGAACCUGAGGAGAGAGUGUUCCAGAAGGAAGUGUAUCUUCAUACAUCACCACACCUGAAAGCAGGAAGAACCAAAAACCUUCACCACUCUUGACCCCGCCUCCCUGGCUUGGCUGACCGAGGAGCCAGGACGAGCAGCGGUCACGCGCACCUCCCAGAGCCCCAGCUCUCCGGAUUCCAGUCAGAGCUCCCCGGCUCAGGAG